UGACACUGCUAUCUAAAAUGUUUGUACAUAAAAUGAACUGCCACGAGUGACGUCAUGACUUGUGGGUGUGGUUCCACGUGAUGAUCAUGUGACAGGAAGCGAGCACGUUUCUACACGUUGAGAUGGCAAACUGCUUUCUCUGUGGUGCUCUUCUUCAAGCUGGACAAAGAAAGUGUUUGAAGCCUAUGGAAGAUGAAUUACUUUGUGUCAAGGACAUUUUAAAACGGAAGUAUGUUUUCUCAGAAGAAGAUGUAGGAGCCUUUUUGUCCAAUGGAGUCAUUUGUAGAAGAGGAAAAUGCCAGACAAAGCUAGCUAAAACUGUGAGGCUGAGAAAGGAGCUUGAGAAUUUGGAACGUGAGAUUAUAGAUAAGAUUGGUGGUUUGAUUGUAGAGAAUGGCUUUGUAUCAAGUGAAACUGGGAGCUCAUCUGCUGAUGUAGUCGAGACUACUGCUGAUGUAGCUCAGAUGGUCACAGAAUCACCACACACGCCACAGGUUGACAGUGCCAGUGAGACUAAUAGUGCAGGAACUUCGUCCUACAGACAAUCACUCCUUUUUAGAACACCAAAACGUAAUAAGAAAAUUUCAAGAGUUAGUGUGCUUGUCUAUAACAAUGGUAAAGGUCGAUUAUAUCCACUACCACCAUCAUUACAGAGUAGCGGUAGAUGUCUGGGUAGGAGAAACAGAAAGUCCUUAGUAAAUCAAGUAAUGAAAGACAAGAAGAUGAGAGGAAUGAUCAUGAAGAAGGUUGGAAUUGUGUUACAAAAGGAGAUCAAACAGCUGUGUCGUUCUGGUUCCUGCUUUUCAAAUAAAGAAAUCUCUUAUUUGGAAACAUUUGAUUGGUCUGCCGUAGCAAAAGAAAUGCAAGCUGUUUCCCCUUUUCUUUUCACCGUAUUGGACACAUCAGUUAAAAAGCCACCAGGUCUUGUCAGAGACAUUGCUGUUGUGUUUUGUACUGCUGUACUUGUACGGACUCACAGUCAGCGGGCAAAUAGUAUUCAGCGAUUGAUGUCCUUGCUAUUAUACUCAAGUCAUGCUCCAAAACAGCUAUACUCACGUCUCUCUAAAGUUGGAAUAUGUUUGUCACACAGAACAACAACACGUCUCAUUGACCGUAUAGGUAUUGGGUUUGAUGCAAGUGUAAAGGAGUGGUGUAGUGAAAUAACUAAACACUUAUGGAGUGAUAGAUUGCAGGUGAGUGCUAAUCUGGAUGAGUCUCCAGAAGUGAACAUGAAUACAGAUUCACCAGCAAUGUGUAUCAGUUUGGAAGAGUCACUGGCAGCAUUAGUCAAUGAAGAUGAGUCUACAGGAGAAAGAGAAGAGUCAGAUGUGGAAGGAUCAGUAGCUGUGAGCAUUACAUUAGAAGAUUCAGUUGUUCCUGAAACUGAAGCUUGCCAUACUGAAUCUGAAAUGUCUGUUAAGUCACCAUCAGAUGUAGCUUCAUCGUCAUCAUGCAUAACUCAGCCACCUUUUUCUGAUGUAUCAUUACUGGAGACUUCGGGUACCAAUGACAGUAUAUUAAAUGAGAUAUCACCUGCCAUAGUAACUAUCCCUACAUUCAAAAUAGUAGGUGAUAAUGUAGACAAGUACGUGAAACCGAGACAUGAAACUUUUGAUAGACAUGCUUCUUCACUUCACUACUUCCAUUCGUUUGCUGUGAAAGACCGAUGCAAUAUGUCCAGUUUUGAGGACAAUCCAUCACUUCCUGACCUUGCCAGCUUUUCUCCAGAUCUAAUCCUUCCUAAUGCUUCAGAUCUAAUCCUUCCUAAUGCUUCAGAUUAUGAAUCUUUGAUUGAUAAUUACAGUGUUCUAGCAGCAAGGAUCAUUCAGAAGCAUGUUCCAUUUUUUAAGAAGAAUGUUACCAAAGUUGUUAGGCACAUACCACACAUUUACUCAUCAGCAAUGUCUCAACCAUCUGAAGUUGUUCCCUUGGGAGUGCUAUACAAGAAUGAAACAUGUCAUGAAGACAUGAUAGACAUCAUGUUGCAUCUACAAAGUUAUGUGCCUAAGAAUUCAACAAUGGAGGAGGUACAUAACCCAGCCACCGAAGAAAUUUUCACUAUAUACAAUGACCAAUUUCAUUACACACUAUUGGGAGGAGAUCAGCUAACUGUAGAGAGGGCAGUAGGGAGUAAGAAAGAAAGAAGCAAUGAAAGCCGAGGAAUAGAGAGAUUGGAGGGGUUUAUUCCAGUCAUAGAGGACUGGCACGCAAAAGUUGCAUUGCUAAAGGCAAUUUGGAAAGUGCUGUAUAAAUCAUCUUCAGGCACGGAUAGCUGUACUUUGUUUCAUUUAAGAAAUUUAUUAAUGAGAAGAAGUGUGACCACGAAGAUCAAGUCUGAUCCAACGGCUUGCGAGGAGUUUUUUGUCCUUGUUUUGGAGGCACAUAUUCUCAGCAUUGCAUUGAGUGCCUUUGAUUUAGAGUCUCUAGAUGACACACCAAAGUCAGCAAUAUUUUCCAAGGAGAAUUUCUUAGAUGCAUCAUCAUCACAACGUAAAGAGAUAUUUAUGUCAUCAGUGAAGGAGUUAGUGUCAAGCAAUGUCUAUGAACUUGUGUUAGGAAAAGGUAUUAACGAAAACGACAAAGUGCUUGUUUAUGGGAAAGAGCUGUUAUCUUUAGGCAUGCUAUACCUAGAAUUUUCAGAUGCCAUUAAAGAAGGUGAUGGUACACGACUUCUCUGCUGUUGGAAAUACCUUCUUUUAGUAUUCAAGGCUACAAACAAAAACAAAUAUGCUGUUCAAGCAGCUACUUUUCUACUGCAAUACAACUUUGUUUGUACUGAAAGGAUGAGAAACCAGUUAUUGUGGAGCCGUACCAUCAAUACAUCAGGACGAAGAGGGAAAAAUAUCCCAAUGGACCUCCAUAUGGAGCAUUUGAACCGAGAUCUGAAGGGAGCUAUUGGUCAUCUUUCAUCAAAUGUCAAUAAGACAGCAAUAGAUAGGAUCGCCAAAUCACUAUACAAGUUAUCAAUCAUUAAGGCCAAUUUCGAUAAACGCUCUGAAAUAGCAGAGGAGUCUAGCUACCAGUCUACCCCCCCUCUUUCGAAGGACCUCAAACAAGUUCUAGAUGAAGUCAUGAAGAUCGAUGUUUUUAAAGAAAGAAAAGGCAGGAAACACUCUCAAUUCAAAGGAAUGAAAGGGAACACUGUAGGCAAGGUUAAAAGAGAUGAGAUAGUUAUGUGGCUAAAAGAUCAAUUUAAGAGAAUGAUACGUACAUUAUAG